AUGCUCAGGGGAAUCUCGUUGGAUCUGUGCCUGCGGUACUGCGGAAAGCAUUUUCGGCAGUCUGAUACGGAUGAUUUUUCACUGAGUCAUCGAACCGACAGCAUUGAUUACUUCCUUAGCCACGACUGGCAGACCUCUCGCUGGUCUAAGACUCUGGCUUUGCUGGUGACCUUCAACAGCGUGCCAGCGGCACUGGCUGCCUCGGUGGUGAAUGCCCUGACUUGUGGGCUUCUCCUAGGCCAUCGGCUUCCAGGUGGCUGGCAAACAGCAAGCGCGGCGACGUAUUUGACAUUUAUGGGGGUUUUCUGCUUCUGGCAACGUGUGCAAAGUCUGGUUCCGCAACUGCGCACGGUGGUGUUUCUGGAUCGGCUGUGUAUUGCCCAGCAUGACCCUGAACUUAAGCAACAGGGCAUCAUGGGUCUUGCUGGCGUUUUGGCCAAGUCCAAGAACCUCAUGGUUUUGUGGACGCCCCGGACAUUCACUCGGCUUUGGUGCACAUUUGAGUUGGCCUGCCUCUCGGCUGCGAGUCUUCAGGGAUGCCUUUCGAAGACGGGCCUAGCAAACACUUCAUUCUGGACGAUAUUUCACAUCUUCUUGACGAUCGAAGAGCUCGGCAACUUUGGGAAGAAAGACUUCGAUAUAAUGCUUUUUGCAGCCGGCCUUCUUGGUCCCUUCAUGUUCGCAUCUCUGUUCGCACAGAUCUACUUUGGCACGCAGCAUCUGCUCGAGAUGUCUAAGCUGGAGGGGCAGAUGCGAGGCUUUAGCAUCCGAGAAUCGCAGUGCGCCUGCUGCGCCUUUGACCACGUGCACCCCUCCACUGGCGAGCCGAUCCUGUGUGACAGAUCGUUGGUGUUCCAGACGCUUCGACGGUGGUAUUCUGAUACUGAGGACUACCUCGAUCGUUUUGACACUCUCGUGCGCGAGUGCGUCCUCGAGAAGCUCGGAUCUGGCGCUCCGCCCCUGCGAUUGGUGCUCGCCAUGGCAUCCAUCUCGCCGCUGGGUCUCCUGCCGCAGUAUUUGCACAUGGCCAUCCAUCGCCUCAGGGCACAUUCAGGGGAAGGUCCUGAUUGGAAGUACUGGCAAUGGGUCGUCAUGUACUUGCAGGUGCCAGCGAUUUCGCUCUUCUUUUUCUGGCUUGCAUCAGCCACAUUGAGCAUCAGUGCUACUCUGGCGACAACAAUGUCGAUGUGCAAGGCUGUCGCAGUCGUUUUCGUGUUGGAUCUCGUGCCUUUGGUCUUCAUCCAAUCUUUGAUGACGCUCGGGCUGUGCUAUGUUGUCAUGUCCUUGAACGGCAAUUUCUGGGCACUUCUCUGGACCAUCGUGUUGCUCUCUAUCUGUUCCGUGAGCGUGGCCCUGGCUAUCAGCUGCGCUGUUGGGCAGCCGCGGGAAACUGGAGCCAUCGGGCCCCUCGUCUUCGUGCCGCAGAUGCUCUUCUCAGGUGUCUUCAUCCCGGUUAGCCACAUGCCAGUUUACCUCCGAUGGAUGCAGUACUGCAGCUUCCUGCAGUAUGCCAUCAAAGUGCUUGGCAUUGUUGAGUUUCAAAACGUGCCGCACAAGGAGCUCGUCCUGGAUGCGCAG